CGCUAGGCUUGUCGGGACGUGCGGGCCGCUGAACGUCGGCGCUGGCCGGAAGUGCUGAGACAUUGGCGCAUGGCUUGUCGGGAAAUGUGGUCCCUCGGGGCAGCCGCGGGCGGUGGCCUCAAGUCCUGCAGACCGGGCGGCCCAUCGGGCGUGGACCCGGGAUGGCUGGGCCAGGUGGCUCGGGGGGCCCGAUCGGGGCCGGGGCCCUGGCAGGUGGAGCGCGCUCCAAGGUAGCUCCGAGCGUGGACUUUGACCAUAGUUGCUCAGACAGUGUCGAGUACCUGACGCUCAACUUCGGGCCCUUCGAAACAGUGCAUCGCUGGCGGCGCCUCCCGCCCUGCGACGAGUUCGUGGGUGCCCGGCGCAGCAAGCACACAGUGGUGGCCUAUAAAGAUGCCAUCUAUGUAUUUGGUGGAGACAAUGGGAAAACGAUGCUCAAUGACCUUCUGCGGUUCGACGUGAAGGAUUGCUCCUGGUGCAGGGCCUUUACCACCGGCACUCCACCAGCACCCCGCUACCACCACUCAGCUGUUGUCUACGGGAGCAGCAUGUUUGUCUUUGGGGGCUACACUGGAGACAUUUAUUCCAAUUCUAACUUGAAGAAUAAAAAUGACCUGUUUGAAUACAAGUUUGCAACUGGUCAGUGGACAGAGUGGAAGAUUGAAGGACGCUUACCGGUUGCCAGGUCAGCCCAUGGGGCCACAGUGUACAGUGACAAGCUAUGGAUCUUUGCUGGCUAUGAUGGCAAUGCCAGGUUGAAUGACAUGUGGACGAUUGGCCUGCAGGACCGGGAGCUCACAUGCUGGGAGGAGGUGGCCCAGAGUGGUGAGAUCCCACCAUCUUGCUGCAACUUCCCUGUGGCUGUGUGUCGGGACAAGAUGUUUGUGUUCUCAGGACAGAGUGGAGCCAAGAUAACCAACAACCUCUUCCAGUUUGAGUUCAAGGACAAGACGUGGACACGAAUCCCUACUGAGCACCUGCUCCGAGGCUCCCCACCACCCCCGCAGCGGCGCUAUGGACACACCAUGGUGGCCUUUGACCGCCACCUCUAUGUGUUUGGGGGUGCGGCUGACAAUACGUUGCCCAAUGAACUGCAUUGCUAUGAUGUGGACUUCCAGACCUGGGAGGUUGUCCAGCCCAGCUCUGACAGUGAGGUCAGUGGGGCUGAGGUGCCUGAGCGAGCUUCCACUUCCGAGGAGGCACCCAGUCUGACCUCUGAGGAGCGGGCUGCCUUCAAGAAGUCCCGAGAUGUAUUUGGCCUGGACUUUGGUACCACCUCAGCCAAGCAGCCCACCCAGCCAGCCUCAGAGCUGCCCAGCGGGAGACUCUUCCAUGCAGCUGCUGUCAUCUCUGAUGCCAUGUACAUCUUCGGGGGUACUGUGGACAACAACAUCCGCAGCGGGGAGAUGUACAGGUUCCAGUUUUCCUGCUACCCCAAGUGCACGCUGCAUGAGGACUACGGGCGGCUGUGGGAGAGCCGCCAGUUCUGUGAUGUAGAGUUUGUGCUGGGUGAGAAGGAAGAGUGUGUACAGGGCCAUGUGGCCAUUGUCACUGCACGGAGCCGCUGGCUCCGCAGAAAGAUCGUGCAGGCACGGGAGCGGCUGGCCCAGAACCUGGAAGAAGAGGCAGCCCCAGUACCCAGGGAGGCCUCUGGUGCAGCUGUGAGUGGGACAAGGCCACCCCUGCUGCGUGUGGCCAUCCGGGAGGCUGAGGCCAGGCCCUUUGAGGUGCUCAUGCAGUUCCUCUACACAGACAAGAUUAAAUACCCUCGGAAAGGCCAUGUGGAGGAUGUGCUGCUCAUCAUGGACGUGUACAAGUUGGCGCUGAGUUUCCAGUUGUGCCGCCUGGAGCAGCUAUGCCGGCAGUACAUCGAGGCCUCUGUGGAUCUACAGAAUGUGCUGGUUGUGUGUGAGAGUGCUGCCAGGCUGCAGCUGAGCCAGCUCAAGGAACACUGCCUGAACUUCGUGGUGAAGGAAUCCCACUUCAACCAGGUGAUCAUGAUGAAGGAGUUUGAGCACCUCUCGUCCCCACUAAUUGUGGAGAUUGUGCGGCGGAAGCAGCAGCCACCCCCUCGUACACCCUCAGACCAGCCUGUGGACAUUGGCACAUCUCUGAUCCAGGACAUGAAGGCAUACCUGGAAGGCGCAGGUGCAGAGUUCUGUGACAUCACGCUGCUGCUGGACGGACACCCACGGCCAGCCCACAAGGCUAUCCUAGCUGCCCGCUCUAGCUAUUUUGAAGCCAUGUUCCGGUCCUUCAUGCCUGAGGAUGGGCAGGUGAACAUCUCCAUUGGGGAGAUGGUGCCCAGCAGGCAGGCCUUCCAGUCCAUGCUACGCUACAUCUACUAUGGCGAGGUCAACAUGCCCCCUGAAGACUCCCUCUACCUGUUUGCGGCCCCCUACUACUAUGGCUUCUACAACAACCGGCUGCAGGCGUACUGCAAGCAGAACCUGGAGAUGAAUGUCACCGUGCAGAACGUGUUGCAGAUUCUGGAGGCAGCUGACAAGACACAGGCAUUGGACAUGAAGCGGCACUGCCUGCACAUCAUUGUGCACCAGUUCACCAAGGUCUCCAAGCUGCCCACACUCCGGAUGCUGAGCCAGCAGCUGUUGCUGGACAUCAUAGACUCCCUGGCUUCUCAUAUUUCUGACAAGCAGUGUGCAGAGCUGGGUGCUGACAUCUGAGGGUCCCUUCGGUACCCCACCAGCGUGGAAAAUGCUGCCGCCUGCCUGCUUGGGCCACUGCAAGGACUGCCCUGUCCAUGCCUCUGCCUACAGUGGGUGUUAUCUGUGGGGCAAAGGCCAGGGUACUCAGAACCUCUUGAAGGGAGCUAAGGGUGGUUUGUAAGCCCCAAACACCUCUUUUCAUUGAGGACACAGGAUCCACAGGGAGUGGAGAGUAAGCCACCCUCUCCUUUCCUGAUCAGGAAGCCAGGGCUCAAUGACUGGGAUACCACAGAUGUACCCUGGUUAACACCCAGAACUGAGAAACCUGGAGUGUGGCUUUAGGAAGUUCAGCCUUGCUCCUAGGAUGUGAAUGUGUUGUGGAUUCAGGCACUGGGUCCUGAUACCAGAGGAGCAUGAGGAAGGGGACUGGCAGUUGCUGUGUCCCAUCCCCUAGGUCACUGAAGUGUCAUGGGCUCUUCCUAAUAGGAGCUUAUGAAUGGGAACAAGUGAUAUAUGUCUGUCCUGAAGAUGAAUUCUGGAAUGAUGACCCCUGAGGUCUGUGCCCCACACACAUGGCAGGCAUGCUGGGCUGUGCCUAGCUUGGUUUUGCUAGCUUCUAGUGGGGCUGCAGGCUCCCAGCCUACUCACAUGCACAUCUGGGGCAGAUAGAAGUGAGCAGAGAGGCCCUAAUUAUUUACUCUGUCACAGAUAUGCCUCCAUUAAAGCCACAGCAAUGCUACCUA